GAAGAAGUUAGGUAAGGAAAGGUUGGUGUGUAGGUGAGAUUAGAAAAAUAUUACUAAAAGAAAUCGUCUAAUACUUCAACUUCUAAACGACGUCAUUUCUAUUAGACUUCAACCCUAAAUCCUCUAAAUCCAACCCCUUCCCCCUUGCAUAUUCCACCUUUCUUCUUCAAUUCCAGGAUCCGAAUCCAUAACCAGUUUCAGUCGGUUCAAUAAUCGGAAAAUGGGAGUAACACCGAAAAUUGCACCAUCGAUGCUAUCAUCAGAUUUCGCUAAUUUAGCAACAGAGGCAGAACGCAUGCUCAGUUGCGGCGCUGAUUGGCUACACAUGGAUAUCAUGGAUGGGCACUUUGUUCCAAAUCUAACCAUUGGUGCUCCAGUCAUUGAGAGUUUGCGGAAACACACGAAGGCAUAUUUGGAUUGCCACCUUAUGGUCACUAAUCCUAUUGAUUAUGUUGAGCCUUUGGGCAAAGCUGGUGCUUCUGGAUUUACAUUUCAUGUUGAGGCAUCCAGAGAUAAUUGGGCAGACCUGAUUCAGAGAAUCAAGUCAAAGGGCAUGAGGCCUGGUGUAGCAUUAAAGCCUGGAACUUCUAUUGAAGAAGUUUAUCCUUUGGUAGAGUGCGAAAAUCCUGUGGAAAUGGUCCUCGUGAUGACUGUAGAACCUGGAUUUGGUGGACAAAAGUUUAUGCCGACUAUGAUGGAGAAGGUAAAGACAUUAAGGAAGAAGUAUCCAUCACUUGAUAUAGAGGUGGACGGUGGUUUAGGGCCUUCGACCAUUGACUUGGCAGCUUCAGCUGGUGCAAACUGCAUUGUGGCAGGAAGUUCGGUGUUUGGAGCCCCUGAGCCAGCCCAUGUAAUAUCACUUAUGAAAAAGAGUGUGCAGGAAGCUCAGGAAAACAGUUGACAUUCAUACAGGCAAAGACAUGGCUGGUUGAAAUAUAUGCCUAAAGACUAUAUUUUCUUUUAAUAUGUUUUGGGUCAUAAGCGCUAUGAUUUUGUUUACUUGAUCUCUUUUAUCUUCUUCACAUCAUCUCAGAAUUGCAUGAUGCCUUGUAUGCCAAUAAGACCUGGAGACCUUUUGUGAAGGUUCUGAGUUAAAUUGAUGCAUGUAAAAGGAUUGGAUCAUUAUCCUGUGAUAAAGUUAUCUUUAUGCUCA